CGGGAGGAGCGGAGCGGCGAUAUGACCGUGAGUGACCUCGCAGCGCCGUGGGAGCGGGGCUGAGCGGAGCGGGGAAGGGAAGGCAGCGAGCAAUGGAGGGCAAAGCCCCAGCCCAGCCCCGGACCGACGCCGCUGCAGCCGCCGCUCCUCCCGCCACCGCCGCCCAGCCGCGCAGCAACGGGCUGCAGAACGGCUUCCACACCGGCAGUGGAGGCGGCGGCGGCGGCAGCAGCAGCGGCAGCUUCCACACCAGCAGUGGCGGCUUGCAGCACGAACACGGCUCCCCCGCUAAGAAAUGUCGCAUCCGGAGGAGGCUGGAUUCCGGCAAGAGAAACAGACCGCCAUUCCCUUGGUUUGGAAUGGAUAUUGGUGGAACUCUUGUCAAACUUGUAUAUUUUGAGCCAAAAGACAUCACAACUGAAGAAGAGCAGGAGGAGGUGGAGAAUCUGAAGAGCAUUAGGAAGUAUCUAACAUCUAACGUAGCUUAUGGAAAUACAGGGAUUCGCGACGUGCACCUGGAGCUGACCAAUCUGCUCAUGUGUGGACGCAAAGGGAACUUGCAUUUCAUCCGCUUUCCAACACAUUCCAUGCCCAAGUUCAUCCAAAUGGGCAGAGACAAAAACUUUUCCAGUUUACACACUACUAUGUGUGCCACAGGAGGCGGGGCCUACAAAUUCGAGGAUGACUUCAGAAAGAUGGCUGAUUUGCAGCUUCUCAAACUGGAUGAAUUGGACUGUUUGAUCCAAGGUCUGCUCUACAUUGAUUCCGUUGGAUACAAUGGUCUGUCUGAGUGCUACUACUUUGAAAAAUCCACUGACUUUGAGCAGUGCCAGAAAAAGCCAUACUGCUUGGAUAACCCUUACCCUAUGCUGCUGGUCAACAUAGGCUCAGGAGUCAGUGUCUUGGCUCUUUAUUCCAAAGAUAAUUACAAACGGGUAACUGGAACCAGUCUUGGCGGAGGGACUUUCCUUGGCCUAUGUUGUCUGCUUACUGGAUGUGAGACCUUUGAAGAAGCUUUGGAGAUGGCAGCAAAAGGAGACAGCACCAACGUGGAUAAAUUAGUUAAAGAUAUCUAUGGAGGGGAUUAUGAACGGUUUGGUCUACUGGGAUGUGCAGUAGCAUCCAGCUUUGGACACAUGAUGAGUAAGGAGAAGCGAGAUUCCAUUAGUAAGGAAGACCUGGCCAGAGCAACACUGGUCACUAUCACAAACAACAUUGGAUCAAUAGCUCGCAUGUGUGCACUGAAUGAGAAUAUCAACAGAGUGGUAUUUGUUGGAAAUUUCUUGAGAGUUAAUAUGGUCUCAAUGAAGUUACUCGCCUAUGCAAUGGAUUAUUGGUCGAAUGGGCAACUGAAAGCCUUGUUCUUGGAACAUGAGGGUUAUUUUGGAGCAGUCGGGGCAUUGCUGGAAUUGCUGAAGAUGACCGAUGUCCACUGAGCUGCUGCCUAGACCACCACUAUCACCAAAACGUGCGAGUCUUCUAGAAAACCUGGGUCUGAAAAUUAGUGACAAAAUGAGUUCCUCUCACCAAACAAUUAACUUCUAAUUUUCUCACACAUUUUUACAGUGGUCCUGUUCUGCUGCACUGAGGCUCGUUUCAAAGGGAUGUUAAAUAACCCGGUUGGUGUAAAUUCUGAAGCUAUUUUAAACUGUGCAAGAUAGCCAAAACCCACUGGUUUUAUGUAUUAAUAUUUUAAAAUGAUUUCUGUAUAAAUGUGCACUGAUAAUUUUUUUUUUCCUGGGAUGUACUGCCUUGUGAAGGAUCAAAAUUAUAAUUGUUUAAAUAUUAUUUAUAAACAGCCUGGGAUAUUUGAAUUAUUUUCCAUCGUAUUUCAAAUGUUGUCCUUAAUUUCAAAUGAAACUGCAAAACUGGAAAUUAACCUGUUAAAGUUGCAGAUCAUUAAUUUUUUGGCCUUUAUAUAAUGCUCCAGCAUAAGAAUUUAUGAAGGAUGACCUUUCUUUGAACACACACUUUAGUGACCAUUGACUGAUAUGCCAGUAUAAUGACCAUCUUAGAAAGCCAGUUCUUUCUUGAUGUGGCCAUAUUAUGGAUUAAAUUGCUUAUCUGGAUACAACAAUAUAUUUUGUAAAAACACUUUUGAUCAUGCGAGUGAAGAAACUUUCCCACAAAUGUGAAACUGCUUCAAUAAUUGUGCUGUUUUUGAAGAAAAUAAUUCUUUAAAAGACUGUGUGAUUGCAUUUUCUUCAAACUAAAUCAUUGAAUUGUGAUUGUUCAUUAUCUGCUAGGGUAAGACUUUUUUGAAACAAUUCUAUCAUUGUGGUAGAUAUUUUUUUGGAUUGAUACGUAAAUAUUUAAAGUGUGGGGUAUAUCUGAUUGUUUAAUUUAAUCACAGGAAAGGUACGGAAAGUUGCCAGUAUUGGAUUUUAUGUGUUAAAUAUGAACAUAUCUGUGGAAUGGAUUCCAUGAUUAUUUAAAAUCACGUUCCUAAAACAAUCGCUUAUGUUGAGGACUUUAAAAAUAAAAUGAACACUAGCAAAAAAAAUUUUUUUUCUUUCUACAUUUUACAUCCUUAAUGGCAGGACAUGCAUAAUUUUGUUUUUGUAAUAUCCUUACAAAGGAUUUUGGAACACCCGAACAAUUCGGGUGUGUAGCAUGUUCUAUCCAAAUACUAUGAUUGCAUGCAUACCUGUCUUAAUUGGUUAAAUCACUGAAGUGCCACUGCAAUGUAUCGUUGUAUCUCUAUUUCUCUCUUGUUUGUAUACUCUCACGGGGUCUUUAUUUCCAUUGCCAUGCUCUCACUCUCUUUUUGUUCAUUCUUUCUGCCUUUUCCCAAACCCAGCGUAUGUUUCACCAGGGACAGAUUGAGAGUGUUUUGUUUUCUCUAAGAAAGAUCGAUGAGUUUUGCUCCACAGCACCCUCCAUUAUUAAUGAAUAUUUGUAUCUCCUCUGAUUCUGCUCACUUUCUAUAAAGAGAUCGUGUCAAUGUUUACCACCAUGGAUGCAGCCUACGCUGUCUCAGUCCCCCCUCACCCCCCCCCCCCCCCCCCCCCCCCCACUGCUUCAUUCCAAUACAUUGAUACAUUGACUUUCCUGGUGCUACUUCCUCAUUACCAUAAUUUUUGCUUCCAAUUUCUACCCUACCGUUAUCUUCAGAGCCCAUCUCUGACUAGUCUCCAUUUCACUCCAAGCCUACAUAUUCUCAGCUCCUCCCAUUCCUCUAGGAACCAUUGCAUUCUCAUGCUUUCUCCAUUUCUGUUGUCAUCUAUACUGAGAGAGGCACAUUCUCAUAUUUCUAUUGCAUCUUUCUAUUAGCUCAAUUUUAUUUUCCCACUGCAGUUGAUAGGACUCCACCUUGUUCCAUUUCCUGUGUAGGAAGGAACCGCAGAUGCUGGUUUAAACAGAAGAUAGAUACAAAAUGCUGGAGUAACUCAGAGGGUCAGGCCACAUCUCUGGAGAGGAGGAGACCCUUCUACAGACUAAGAGUCAGGGGAAAACCAAAUGAUAGAUAUAGACGGUGAUGUAGAGAGAUAUGGAACAAAUGAAUGAAAGAUAUGAAAAAGUAACCAUGGUCAAGGAACAGUGGAGCCCACAAUGGUCCAAUGUUGGCUGUAGGGUAGGUGAUGACGAGAUAUACUGACAGUAAAAUGCAACAGUAUGACAGUGAAAUUAGUACGACGAUGAGUGUGGGGGAGGGAUCGAGAGAGAGGGAGUGCUGGGGUUACUUGAAGUUAGAGAAUUCAAUUAUCAUACCACUGGGCUGUAAGCUGCCCAAGCGAAAUAUGAGAUGCUGUCCCUCCAAUUGGCA